GCCCAUCGACUUGUGGUUCCCACUUUUUCACUGCGACCGGGCUGUGUUACGCUCUUACUGUCCGUCAGAGUUCCAUGUCCUGUUCCAUACUUAUCCCACUCCACCUGCACUCUCCCUCCCUCCGCACUCUCUUGCCUGCUUUUGUCAACCUUCCCCAACCACCAUCCGACAUCGUGUCGUGAUCCUCCUCUUGUUUCAAUUCGCUCUACUCACCACGCCUCCCACGGCUUGAGAGUAGAUUGGAAUCACGACUCGUAUACAGACGGGAAUACUAUCUCUACUAGAGGCAAUUUCCCUCGUUACUCUAUCGGAUUGUAUCGAUUGCACGCCGCAUGCGAACGGGGGUUCAGGUCGACCAUUUCCGUCCGUAGUUGCUGUUUUCGGCUUUCCGGUUUCAAAUCAAGGCAGUCACUCAACCUAGCCACACCCAUCUCUCAACUCCAUGAACUCGACUCUCUCCCGACCGUGAGUUUUCUUUCGGCAUCACCUUCCAACGGUGUUCGACUUUUCAACUGCCAGGAAGUGGAUUUCGACUCCUAGAUCGCCGUCAAAAUGCCUGCCAUUGAUCAGGUCUUCGUCGAGGUCUCCCACCUCGUGGUGCGGCAGCUUUCUUCUUCGGCCUCGGGGACCUUCUCCGCUACGCCGUCUGCACCAUUCAGCGCCGACCCUACGUCGACCGUCAACGAUGCCACGAGCGUAAUCCAAACGACCACCGACAACCCGACGCCUACCGGUAACUCGGGCAAUGGAGGAGGAGGGGGCGGCAACGGUGGCUCCACGAGCUCCCCUCUGCUCUUCUUCGUCGCCCUGGGCUUUGGAGUAGUUUUUACGAACUUAUGGAUCAUCGUUGGCGUCAAGUACUGUUUCCGGUACAAUGCUCGUAAUCGUGCUAUGCGUCUCAACGAGGAUGGCGAACCCAUCAACCUUGAGAACAUGCCUCGCCCGCACCGUAGGCGCCGCGAGAAGAAGUUAAUGACGAUGGAUGAGGUCAACGACAAGUUCCCCAUGACAAAGUACAAGACAUGGGUAUCUGAGCGUGCACGAGAGGGCCUGCCUACCGCCGGCGGUGUUUCUGCGCCUCCCAGUCGGGCGAACAGUCUCCGAUCUGUUGAUGGAGUUGUACCGGAGCUGCCCUCGAAAGAGCGCGAGUCGAUUGAAGAUCGCCCCGCUACCGCCGCCGGGAACAAAGCCAUCGCCGAGAAACCUACCGAAGAUGCGGCGAAGAAGGACGGAGACACCUCGACUACAACUGCCAAUGCCGAUGCUACUCAGACCACCCCGACUUCUGCCACUCAUCUCCAACGUGUUCACAGUGAGGAGGAGGACGAAGACGACGAACACAUCAAUGCUGCUGUUCCGCCUGAGCUGAUGGCUACCAGCGGUGAUACUUGUGCCAUUUGCAUCGACACGCUUGAGGACGAUGAUGAUAUUCGCGGACUAACAUGCGGCCACGCCUUCCAUGCUGUCUGCGUCGAUCCUUGGCUCACCAGCAGAAGGGCCUGCUGUCCUCUGUGCAAGGCCGACUACUACACACCCAAGCCCCGACCAACCCCUGGCGAAGGAGAUCCCAACGCCACAGGCGACAUGGCCCGCACGGCAUCGCGUACCAACAUGCCCAACGCCCCCCCAGCUGCGUGGUAUAACUUGAGUGGUGCACGAUUUGGUCUUGGGGGACGCAACAACGGCAACCGUCGCGGCAACAACCGAUCGGACCGUCGUCCUCGUACUCAUCAACAGGCUGCGCCUGCCUCAAACCAGAACACCUCGCAAGCCUCGCCGACUAAUGCUGAGAACCAGGAAUCUCGUGGUCUCCUCUCCAACAUUAGGCUGCCUGCCUUCCGCAACCCCCUCCGGCGCGGUGGCGAUCAGCAAACUCCAUCUCCGACGGCAAAUGGUGCUAACGUCACACCAUCCCAAUUGGAGGCUGGUACGCAGACUGCACCAAACGCAGGCACCACCACCGCCAUGACUGAGGCACGGUGACCGCCUUUUUGAUGAUUGUAUCACCUACUAAGGCGAACGCGAUUUUGUUUUUUAUUGUUGUGCUACUCAUGUACAUCAUACCCCCGAGACCAAUUUGCAGAUCUCAGCAUAGACCUGCGAUGUUUAUUGCAUUAUAUAUGCAACACGACGCCGCUUUUCAUACCCAUACUUUUACAUACAGACGGAGUGGGAUUAGGCCACAUGGGCCAACGGUGGAUGUGGAGGGUGGAUCAGGCCGCGCUGCGGCAGAGGCAGGUUUGCAUUGCAGGCACACGGGACCUGUUUUGGUUUGGUUUCUCUGGAAUUACAAGGGGAGCGGCGGAGUUGCGGCGAUUAAGGCAUCACUCGUCACGGAAUAAUGACAAUCAAAGUUAACGUAACAACUUCUUUGCAG